AAAGGACACAUAAAGGCAGCGGUGCAAGAUGAUGUCACUGAUCGAUCUGGACGAUGAUCAGCGGUGGGUGCCCACACAUGUCAAUGUCACCGUCCUCCGCGCGAGAGGACUGCGCACCAAGGGCAAGCACGGCAGCCGCUACCUCUACACCAUCAUCCAGGUGGGGAAGGAUAAGUACACCACCGGGCUGGUGGAGAAGGCGGAGGUGCCCGAGUGGAACGAGGAGUGCUGCUUCGAGCUGCUCCCCGGGAUCCUGGAGGACGGCGGCCGGGGCGCGUUCCCCCACGGGAGCGGGGACCUGGUCCUCACCGUCAUGCACCGGGUCCUCAUCGGUCUGGACGUGUUCCUCGGUCAAACCAUCAUCCCGCUCGAUAAGAUCUUUCAGGAGGGAAUGUGUCCGAGAGAUGAAUGGUUCAAGCUCAACUCCAAGGCGGGGAGAAAGGAGAAGGAGCGCGGUGAACUUCAGGUGACGGUCCAGUUCACUCGCAACAACAUGACGGCCAGCAUGUUCGACCUCACCAUGAAGGACAAACCCCGCUCUGCUUUCGGCAAGCUGAAGGAUCGUGUGACAGGGAGGAAGAGGGGGGACGUGGAGUCGUCCUCCGCCAUCGUGCCGGGCCGAUACGCCGCCCUGUCAGGAUCCCAGGGGUUUGGCGAGGAGGGCGGAGUGAUGGUGGAGCCGCCAGAUGUGGAGGUGGUGGAGGAGAAGAGGAGCAAGAUGAAAGAUUUCUUCAAAGGAAGGCUGCGCAAGUCGUCCGACACCAGGUCGUGCUCGUCGCUGGCGUCGGAGAGCAGCGUGUCCAGCGAGAACACCGGACCUCCGCCCAGUCUGGACCUGCUGUCCGACCCUCCCAGCUCUCCCAUCUACACAAGCAAAGUGAGAGUGGACACCCAUUAUGGAGAGGCUGACUUAGCUAAAAAAGUGCUCACCAGCCAGCACACAACAAAGGUCCUCACACACAAGCGAGCCUUCAGCGACGAAGCUAGCAAGAUCACAACAGCCUUCCCUCGUCCAAAUCCUGCGGUGGAGUCUCUCAAGGGUUCGACCAUGACUCAGUCCAAGUCUUCCUUGUGUAUAAAUGGAAGCCACGUCUACGAAUCUGAGCCGUCCACUCCGAAGAGCUCCGCAGCCCAUCCGUCCAAACUGGUCCUGCUGGAGAAGUGUUCCCCGCUGUCGCGCUCCCUGCAGAACCUCACCAAGAGAGGCGAGGACAAAGGUUCCUUUGCCGAAGGCCGACGCUGGUCCUUCGACAAGACGAAGAAAGAGGAAAAAGAGGGUCAAAAAGAGGCUCAGGCAUCGUCUUCCACGGCUCAACAAGCUCAGACAGGAGGUCAACCCGUACAGGCAGUGAUGCCAGGCGCCGUUUCGGGUGCUGGUUCACCUGACAAAGGGAGGAAGCUAAGAAUGACGUUAUUCUCUGGAGGGAGGAGUGAUUCCCUCCCAGCUAAGUCAGACCUGAACCAGGCCGCUCCGACAUCUGAGGGGAGGCUCAAAGGCUGGUUCGGCUCCGGUGACUCCCAGAACAAGCCAAGGCUGGAAAUUUCUCCUAAGGUAGAAAGCAGCUCAGAUGUACCCCCUCCCCUCCCUCCUCGCUCCCCUGUAGCCCCUCAGUGCUCCUCACCCUCUGCCCUCCCCUCCGGUCAUGUCUCACCUGGCGACUGCAAUCACACCAAUCCCUUCACCCCCUCUCCUUCUCCCGCCUCGACCCCCCUCUCCCCUUCCAACCCUUUCUCCUCACAACACAACCCCUUUCUUGAGGAGCUGGUAGCUGAGGAGUCGCAGACGUCCCCUCCUGUUGCGCCUUGCUCCUCUUCUAGCUCAUCCCCCUUUCAUUACACUACCCUUCCCUCCCAGCCCUGCGCACCCAGCACUGCUCACGAUGUGUACGCUUCCAACACGGCUUCCAUAAAGCGUGAGCGGCCCAGGCCGGUAGCUAGACAGGUGUCUCUCCCUGCGAUACUACCUAAAGCAGCCAGGCCUAACUCCCCGAACCAUUCUGCCCCUUGCUCUGCGUCAGGGUGCGUGGGAGAAUGGGAUGACUGGUUCGAUGCCUUCGCCUCCAGCAGGCUCAACUCACCCAAAGGAAGUCUUCCUCACAAGCAGCCGAGGACAAGUCCGAAUUCAUCUCAGCGAUAUAGUUACCCUCCGGUUAAUCACGCACAAGAGCUGCAAACAUGUGAAGAAGAGCCUCCACCUUUACCCCCAAGGAGACUUGUAAGAACUCCGGUGAACGAGAUUUACUCUGACGGCUGGCUGCACAGAGGUCAAGAGCUAGCUGUCCACAAAGAAGCCUACCUCCUCUCACAGACCGGCGUGGCCUCCUUACAACGCGGCAGAGAAGGAGAAAGCAAAAGAAACAGUAUAUCCCCAGACCCUCACACGAGCAGCGAGAUAUCGGACUCCCUCAGCGUGAACUCCCAACCCUACACAAAUGUCACUUCGCCAGGAUUCAUCUCUGAAGAAAAGCUGAAAAAGUUCAAAUAUGAACCUUUAGAAGAUGACACCGACUGCUGGGGAGGGAUGUUGUUCGAGCAAGACUUGUAUGGACGUGCAUGUAGAGGAAACUAUGGACAACCCAGAGUGAACAGCCAUCGCUCUGAAAACUCUGUAAAUAAGAUCACAUCUGUGAACUCAGGACCUAAAAUGGUUCUUGAGAGGGAGAUAUCUGUUGCAGAACUUUUGAACUUGCCAUCUAAGACUUCUGUUACUAGUUCCUCGAAGCCGGAUGCAAAGGUACAAGAUAUGCUGAACGACGAAGGACUUUCUGGCAAUAAGAUCACGUCCAUGAACUCAGAACCAAAAAUGGUUCUCAACAGUGAGACAUCUGCUGCAGACCUCAUGAACUUUUCAUCCACUACUUCUACUACCACUUCUUCCUCAAAGCCAGACGCAACGGUACCAGAAAUUACAACCACUCCAGAGGAGGAGACGGAGUUUGAUCCGCCUGACACCCCAGGCAUCAACAAUAACGUCUCUUUCUCCUUAACUUUAGGAGAUCUGAACAUGAACGUGAAUAAUUCAGAUUUUAGUUUUAUCGACUCUGAUGGCUCUUCCCAGUCUGAGGUAGUUGAUACUCUCAAAGGCAUCAGCAGCUUUGGUGGCACUUUCCCACAAACGUCAGAAGCCUCAGUGAUCGCCGGUUACCAUUCGGAGGCCGUGACCUCACCUCAGGGAAUGUUCACGUUGAAGGACACCUACAUACCUGAGAUGAACUCUUCCUUUGAGAUAACUGCGUCAUCGAAUAAACUGUGCAAAGUCUCUCCGGUGUGCCACGACAACUGCCGGACACAAGAUUGUCGAUGUGAUCUGAAUAACUCCAGGGUAACCAGAAGAGAGAUGGCCGCCUUGUCACCACAGAGUGGAACAUCUGUUCCUCUUGAUCUUGAAUCCAAAGCAGAUUUAACCAGAAGUGUGGGUGAUUUCAAAAAGACGAUUGAUGAUAAUGGAAAUCCAGAGGGUAAAAUAGUCCCGCUCGACCAGAAGGAGUCAUUUUCGGGUGUGGUUAGUGCUCGUUUUAGACCCAAAGGAGUGUCCCGACAGAACAGCAGUGGCAGCCCACACCACCAAAGCAGAAGUGGAGACUUCGGAGAGUUUGAGCAGCUGUUGUCCCUCGUUCAAAAUAUCUCACGUGUCAGUGAAGGACCACUGUCAUACCAGCCCACUAAAUCAGCUCUUUCCACCUUAAUGGCUUUUAAUAAACAGGCAGAUUUGCAAGGAGACAACACCAACAAAGAAGAAGCAAAUUGCAAUGAGUCUAAUUCACUGCGGAAGUCUCGGCUUACGGAGAAAUGCAUCAGUUUCGAAGACCUCCACGCCAAAGUAGCACCCUACUCGAGAACUCUCUCAGAGUCAAAGAUUGGGCAAUCUUUGCAAGAGCCUGAACCCUCUUCUCCCUCCAUCCCUUGUGCACCCUCCCUGUCAGCUGAUGCACAAUCUACACUCCACCCUUCCCCUUUCUGUUGCCCCUCCUUACAUCCCUCAAGCAUGGGGCCCAGUGUCGGAGCCAGCACUACGCUGGCCGUGGCCCCCUACACCUCCUCCUUCUCCUACUCUACCACCUCCACCACUGACCAGCCCCUGGUCGAUGCACGGCACUCACUUUUGCCUGAGGAGACACAACCAGCUAGCAACCUGCCCCGUCAGGAGAGCAGACCUCAUCCAGUGAAGCCAUUAACCUCCAGCCAAUCAGAGAAGAAGGAGGGCCGUUCAGUUCUGGAGAAGUUGAAGUCUUCCAUCCACCCGGGACGCACCGCCCAGCAGGUCGCAGCCGAGCCUGAGAGGAGUCAGGAGCCGGCAGUGGACCGCUCGGCUCAGUACCAGCACCUGACCAACAUGGAGCUGAUCUCCCUGCUGCUGCAGCAGGAGAUGGACAUGCAGAAGCAGCAGGCCGCCUCCGAGCAGCAGGAGGCGCAGCUGUACAAAUGCGAGGCCGAGCUGAGAAAGGUCAAGUUACAGGUCAGAGACCUGGAGGACUACAUCGAUAAUCUCUUGCUGCGGAUCAUGGAGCAGACGCCCACGCUGCUGCAAGUGCGCACUCGACACAAGUGACGACCGUGUCGGCGUGUGUUUGGCGUGUGAUCCUCUAGAACGCUGUUUCCUCGGUUGUUAUUCCAGAAUGGGAAUCAUUGUUCUAGAGGCGAUCCAAGAAGUACUCCACACAGUCUGAUCCCACAAUCAUCCAGGUCUUCUCACUGCUAAUAACUGCCUUGUUGAUGUAGACACGAUAUUACCCAACAUGCAUGCUGGUUACUAUCCCCGAUUUGGCACGUAGCAGAAAACAGAAAUGUGAACAAGCUUCGGGUGCAAAAAGAUGAUUUCACUCAUGCUUCCUAGAAAUAAGUUUAGGUAGUCAGCUGUUGUCAGUUUAAACUUUAAACUCGCUGCUUUCUCACGUGCAUUAAAAAUAAAAACACAGGCUGGAAACUAAACACUCGGUGGAGGAGCAUUAAUGUUCCUCGGGGGUUUAAAGUAAUUUACUCUGGAAAAAUACGAUGUUAGCUCAAGUUACCUUAAAAACUGUCAAAGUACAAAAACAUUUUGAUGCAGGAUUUCCAUCUCAAACUAUUUUAUAAAGUGGUUGACUUGAGCUGAUCACAUAUUUUCAGAUUAGGAGAAUUAAAGAAAUGUCAAAAAACAAACAAAAAAAACCGUCACACAUCAUAAAACGCUGCGCUGCAAUGUGAAUAUAAAGGAAACGUUUCUGUCUGAUGAGCAAAAAAAAACAAAAAACAACAAAACAAAUGUUCAUGUUUGAAGAAUCCCGACGAGGAUGAAGACUUAAAUGUUUUUUGCAUUUUGUAUCUUUGUUUUUCAUUUUUUACAAAAAUACUGUGUUCAUAAUUCUUAUUUUCUUUUGUUACACGCUUUACAACAGCGAGAAAAAUGUUUGGAUAUAUUUUUUAGGUUUCGUUGUCCAUUUUUCUUUUUCUUCUUUUUUUGUUAAAACAGCAACAUUUUAAACGUAGUAACGACGAAAGUAUCGAUGCAGUAAAGAGUAUUUCAGUAAGUAUGCAGUAAGAGUAUUAUAAGUUAUUUCUAUAAAUACUUUUGUCAUGAUAAUAUAUUCUCUAAUAUCACUCUAGUACCACUGUAGCUACUUGCAACGCUUUACAACGACCGCAGUACUGUACUGUAAUAAAUAAAGUGCACAUGAACAACGUG